UCCAGGAGCUUAGCAAUAGGUCUCCUCUCCCAGCUACAGCUACCGGCGACUUGACUUGGACUUCUCUUUUUUUUCUCUUCUUUUGCUUUAGGAAAAGGGGGAAAGCUGCGGAAAGAUGCAGGCACUGGGGUUGGUUCUUUUUAAGCUCUUGUGAUUGCAAAGAGGGAGUCAAAGAGGGAGGAGGAUUGUUGAACAGGCAGCAAGCAGCAACAGCAGCUCCAGUCCACUAAAACCGAGGAGACACCACAGGCUUGUGCCAGCUGGGGACCUGGUGCUGCUAAGACAGCGAGACCCCCUUGUAGGAGGAGGGUGAUACCCUUCAAGGAAGGAUGCAGGGCAAAAAGAACAGGUGCUCCAGUGAAAGAAGUGGAGACAUUCAAGGAGAGGAGGCACAGAGUAAAAAGAAGAAAAAGAAGGCAUCUUGCUUUUUAAACAUCAAGAUCUUUUUGGUGUCUGAGUGUGCACUGAUGCUAGCCCAAGGGACUGUGGGAGCAUACCUGGUUAGUGUGCUGACAACCUUGGAACGAAGGUUCAACUUGCAGAGCACAGAUGUAGGAGUGAUUGCCAGCAGCUUUGAGAUUGGUAACCUAGCUCUUAUACUGUUUGUCAGUUACUUUGGAGCAAGGGGACACAGACCUCGCUUAAUAGGAUGUGGGGGUAUUGUCAUGGCCCUUGGAGCUUUUCUAUCAGCCCUCCCGGAAUUUCUUACGCACCAAUAUGAAUAUGAAUCGGGAGAUAUCCGAUGGGCUGCAGAAGGAAGAGAUUUCUGUGUAAUUAAUGGUUCUUCCAGCGAAGAUGUUCCUGAUCCGGAUAUUAUCUGCAGGAAUACGACAACCACCAACAUGAUGUAUUUACUUCUUAUUGGAGCGCAGGUCCUUCUGGGAAUUGGAGCGACACCAGUGCAGCCCCUUGGAGUCUCCUACAUCGAUGAUCACGUCAGAAGGAAAGAUUCUUCUCUCUACAUAGGUAUCCUCUUCACCAUGUUGGUAUUUGGACCAGCCUGUGGUUUUAUCUUGGGUUCUUUCUGCACAAAAAUAUAUGUGGAUUCUUUGCUUGCUGAUACAAGCAAGUUGGAAAUCACUCCUGAGGAUCCACGUUGGAUUGGAGCUUGGUGGGCAGGUUUCCUUCUCUGUGGUGCCUUAUUGUUCUUCUCAUCACUUCUGAUGUUCGGUUUCCCACAGUCUCUUUCUUCACACAUGGACAAUUCAGAGGAGAGUGAGCAGACCAUGCUACCUGACAGAGAAUAUGAACGACCCAAACCUAGCAAUGGAACCCUGAGACAUCCUUCAGAUACAGCAGAUGGUGCUUCUUGCUUCCAGCAGUUAAGAGUAAUCCCGAAAGUGACAAAACAUCUGCUCUCUAACCCUGUUUUCACCUGUAUUGUUCUGGCUGCCUGCAUGGAGAUAGCUGUGGUGGCUGGCUUUGCUGCAUUUCUAGGCAAAUAUUUGGAACAGCAAUUCAACUUGACAACUUCAUCAGCCAAUCAGCUUUUGGGAAUGACUGCAAUACCAUGUGCUUGUUUAGGCAUUUUCCUUGGUGGGCUCCUCGUCAAGAAGUUGAGUCUGUCUGCACUCGGAGCUAUCAGAAUGGCCAUGCUUGUAAACUUGAUAUCCACUGCAUGCUAUGUUUCCUUUCUCUUCCUGGGCUGCGAUACAGGUCCUGUAGCUGGAGUAACAGUUCCCUAUGGAAAUACCUCCUCUUCUGGCACGUCUUUGGACAGAUCCCCUCCCUGCAAUAAUGGCUGUGAAUGUCAGAAUGACUCCUUCUCACCUGUAUGUGGUGCUGAUGGAAUUACUUACUUGUCUGCUUGCUUUGCUGGCUGUACUAAGAUGAACCUGGCUGGCUGCUCGUGUCUCACGUCUGUGCCUGUUGAGAAUACCACCGUGGUUCCUGGAAAAUGUCCCAGUCCUGGUUGUCAAGAGGCCUUUCUCACAUUCCUCUGUGUUAUGUGUGUCUGCAGCAUGAUUGGAGCAAUGGCACAAACACCGUCCGUUAUCAUACUCAUCAGGGCAGUAAGUCCCGAACUAAAGUCUUACGCGUUGGGUGUUCUAUUCCUUCUUCUUCGCUUGAUAGGAUUCAUUCCUCCCCCCCUUAUUUUUGGAGCUGGAAUCGAUUCCACCUGUCUUUUUUGGAGUACAUUUUGUGGAAAGAAGGGUGCAUGUGCCCUCUACGAUAAUGUAGCCUACAGAUACCUAUAUGUAAGCAUUGCUAUAACGCUGAAAUCUUUAGCAUUUAUCCUCUAUACAACCACCUGGCAAUGCUUAAGGAAAAACUAUAAAAGAUAUAUAAAAAACCAUGAGGGAGGGCUCAGUACAAGUGAAUUUUUUGCCUCUACGUUAACCUUAGAUAAUUUAGGGCGAGACUCUUUGUCCAAAAAAAAAACUCCUAGGACAAAAUUCAUCUAUAACCUUGAAGAUCACGAAUGGUGUGAAAACAUGGAAUCUGUUUUAUAGUAGACGAUAGAAGAACUAAUUUGUUCAUGGAAAAUACUAUUUUUUAAAAGGAAAAAAAAAUGACGUUGCUUCUUUCAAAUCAGCACUGGACAGCACUUGACAUACUGCACUGACCCUAUGGUCUUAGAUAUAUGUGAAGGAGAGUUCUUGGCCUCCAACACCUGGUCUUCCUGCAGGAUGGAUAAUGCUUUGUAGAGGAUUGUUUUCAAGCCCUUUUUUGGUUGUACAGCACAUAGCUUUAAAACUCAAUAGUUAACUUGAUGGUUAAGAUAGCGCUGAGAAACUUCUUCCUGGAAAUAAGUGAAUGCAAACUGACAGAUACUGGUGAAGAACGUCAUAAUAAGUUGAAGGAUACAAGGUACAACCUUGUUACUAAUAAUGGCUUGGUAGCAUCCCGAAGGCUCUCUUCAAGGUUUUCUUUCCCAUAAAUAAUAAGGUCCAAGUAACUCAAAAUGAUUAAAAGCUUUGUUUUCUCUAUAACACUUAUUCAAAUUAUACCCCUCUACUUCUACAGGGGCACAAAAUGUAGCAACCUAUGCUCAUGAUCAUCCAGUCAGUUUCUUGGGCUCAUUGUAAAAUGUUGUGUGUCCCCUUUCUUCAUAAAUAUUGAAGACUUACUGGAGAGAAAUAAGAAGUAAAAAUGUACAACCACCCAAACCCCGCC